GGGAGGAGGCCCACAGGGGAACACACGGCCUGAGGGAGCGGAUACCGUCUCUUUGGCUCCACAUGAAAGCUAGCUGGUAAAGGCCUCCGAUCCCGGUGGAAUGGCCUGUGCCCAGGGCAGUGGGAAGGUGUGGGAGCAGCCGGAGCAGCCGGAGCAGCCGGGUGGUGCCGGACAGGAUGGGAGGCUGAGCAGGCAGGAGAGACCAGCGGGCGACAUCGGCCUGGCAGGGGACGGCGGCGGGGCGGGGGACGAAACUUACUAAGCAGAUUGCCCAUGUAGCGCUUGCAGUGUGCCAAACGAUCGCGAGACAAGAGUAUGAAACUCGGAGAGCGCCUCCGGAGGUCCUAACUCUUCUCGAGGUCUAGCAGGCACUGAGCAACCCAGCCCGGUGCUUGUGAUAUAUGCCUGGAGCACGUCACAGAGAAGGGAGGAGCAGGCCCAGUGUUGGGAAGUGAGUAUGCCAGUGGGCAAAGGACGAGGCCUCAGAGCCCCGCCCACCAGCCUCCAGGGCCUGGAAGGCCCCGCCCACCAACCUCCAGGGCCUGGGACUUCCUUCUGACGUGCCUGAGUUGAUUAGACCCAAUAUGGCCGCCUGCGGGCAGCCAUAUUGUGGGGAGCUCUGUGGGACUGCUGUGGUCCCCACGCCCCCGCCGUGAGUUGCCAGCCCUCCCCUGAGCCCGCCAAACAAGCGAGCACGGGAGCCCCCUAGCGCUGCGAGGGGUGGCCUGCUGCUCGAGGCAACUUCCCUGCUUCCCUGUGAGGCCUGGAGCCAGGCCACCAGAGUCACCUGGCAAGCGGCAGAGGUUGUUUCUGAUCCGACUCCUAACCCUGACCUGAGUAGAUGCUGUGUGUAUUCCUUGGCCUCCCUUUCCGGCAGGACCACACUGGAUUCUGAUCUCAGAAGACGGGGGUCAGGGACCAUCAGUUGCGAGCCUUGUACCAUCCCACAAUCGUAAUUCAGCCUUGCAGACCCGGUUUGCUCUUUGGUCUACUUGGAAGGAUCCAGAUAGUUGGAUGAGCUUCUUCCCAAAGAAUGCAAGCUCCACAAUGGCUGAAAUUGUGUUACCUUUCUUCUUCCUGUUCUACACCAGCCUUGGAACAGUGUCUGAUGUAGUCAGACAUCAAGGAAACAGACAGGACAAUGCUUCCCCUGAAUUACAGCUUUUCGAGGAUUUUAUGAAUGCACAAAGGAGCGAGGACCAGGGUUAUCCUAUUCCCACUGGUCCAUGCUCUCAAUUCAGAGUGAAGAACAAUCUCAGAAAAAGAAACCUGUUGGCUGGAAGACCACACUUUCCAAUUGCUCACCAAGCCACCCAAGAAUACCGGAGAUCGGGAGUACUCAAGACUUCCUUGCAGGCAGAUCCCAGGCAUACAAAAGGGGAAAAGAAAGCCACAGUGCUAAUGGUUAGCAUGAUGCCUCCUGGGACAGGAGGAAGGAGGAGUUUGUUGGUCAGUGGGAUUCCAGUCUGUGCAUUUGGCCUCUGGGCUCUCUCGGGCAUUCCUUUGGUCUCAAACAGGGAAUGCAUUACUUGUUCUCUGAGAAAAGCAACUCCAAAAGGAGAAGCUGAACAAACUCCACAAAAAAAGCAAUAUGCAGUCAUUCAAUAUUAUUGGAACAUCUCAUUUGUCUGUCUUUCUUUUGAAAGCAAUUAACCCAAUAGACAUUCAGA